GGGGAAAUCAAGCCCAACCUUACGCAAUAACCCGGGAACUUCUGCCGUUGCCUGUUUCUCACUUCACUACCGAACCUUGCUUCUUCUUCCCCAGCAUGCCUAAUUGGCAUGGCUGCCGCACCUAAUAUUUUCACAACCUGAACAACAUUACUCUUCAUCUCUACUCUCACUUUUGCUCACCCCAAUUUCUCCCAAUUCCUUCUUCGUUUUCACAGCACUGUGUCACAAACCUUUCAUGGCCACCUCUGUUUCCAAUGCGGUUUGCUUUCGCUAUCCCCACCCACCAAACCCAACACUCAACGAACCCAGAAAAACCCACCUCCCCCAAUUCUCCGGCAACAUUUUCCGGCCAAAACCCAUGAAUCUUUGCUCUUCCAGCCACCGUUUUCAGCCACCAUUGAUGGCUCUAAGUGUAGAAGAGACAGCAAUGAAUGGAAAUACAGAAGGGAAGCCGAGGUUUAAGUGGGGUGUGAUAGGUCCUGAUAUUACAGAAGCCCAGCAAGAAGCUAUAGAUGAACUCCCUCCCAAGAUGAGCAAGCGUUGCCAGGCUUUGAUGAAGCAGAUUAUUUGCUUCUCUCCUGAGAAAGGGAGUCUUUGUGAGGUGUUGGAUGCUUGGGUUAGCAUUAUGAAGCCUUGCAGGGCUGACUGGCUUGCGGUUCUUAAAGAACUGAGGAUUAAAGAUCACCCACUUUAUCUUCAGGUGGCAGAAAUUGCUGUACUAGAUGAAUCUUUUGAAGCCAAUGUGCGUGACUAUACGAAAAUAAUCCAUGGUUAUGGGAAGCAAAACCGAAUUGAGGACGCUGAAAACACCCUUUCAAACAUGAAGUCUAGAGGCUUCGUCUGUGAUCAGGUAACGCUAACUGCCAUGAUUGACAUGUAUAGCAAGGCUGGACAUCUUAAGCUGGCUGAGGAUACUUUUGAAGAAAUUAAGCUCCUUGGACAGCAAUUAGAUAAAAGAUCAUAUGGCUCAAUGAUCAUGGCCUACAUUAGAGCUGGAAUGCCUGAUCAGGGAGAGAAUUUACUCAUAGAAAUGGAUGCCCAAGAAAUUUAUGCUGGAAGUGAAGUUUACAAGGCAUUGUUAAGAGCAUACUCAAUGAUUGGUGAUACUGAAGGAGCUCAAAGGGUAUUCAAUGCAGUUCAGCUAGCUGGUAUUUCUCCAGAUGCUAAGAUAUGUGGACUUCUCAUAAAUGCAUAUGGUACAUCAGGUCAAAGUCAAAAGGCACGUGCUGCGUUUGAAAAUAUGAGGAAGGCUGGUCUUAAACCCAGUGAUAAAUGCAUAGCUCUAAUGUUGGCUGCAUACGAAAAGGAGAAUAAGCUUCAAAUGGCAUUGAAGUUUCUGAUGGGGUUGGAGAGAGAAGGUAUCAUGGUUGGGAAAGAAGCUGCAGAAACACUGGCUGGAUGGUUUAGAAAACUAGGAGUUGUGGAAGAGGUGGAUAUGGUCUUGAGAGAAUUUGCAGCAACAGAAGCCAAUUCUGGAAUUCCUGCUUCCUAGUUUCCAUCUCAAGUUUUAUGUUUCACAUUGCGGACGUCAGCUUCAGUUGCGAAGAACACACAAGUGAAAACAAAGACGGUGCGUUAUUCAUAACAACUACUGUUGUUUAGUAAUGUGGCCUUGUUCGUGCGGAUGCAGCAGCCCAAAGAAUGAAGUAAACAACUCUGCACUAAGCGGGGACUGUAAGUUGAAUCGAUGAAUGCCCACUUAAGCUUAGCUGCUUAAAUCAUCUUGUGCUAGAACAAUGUGAUGGAAUGAAUGAGUCAUUGUCCUUGGAGCUUGUUA